AUGUUGGCAAAGACUAUGUGCAGAGCUUCGGCGCCCAUUCUCGCUCUUUUCCUACAACUCCGGCUCGUCGCAGGGUCGCCCUUCUCUACUCCUUCGCCGACCAACUCGCUGGCGGCCCGAGAGUGUAGCCCAUGCGGCUACUACGGACAGGCCUGCUGCACUUCUAGUGAAGAAUGCGUAACCGACUCGAAUAACCAAGCCUUGUGUCAGUCCAAGAAGGCCGGCAACACUCAAUGGGAAUACUUCACCACGACCUACGUCCAAACUGACUUGGUCACGGUCACCUCUACCGGCAGUCGACCCAUCUCCCAGCCGACAGGCCAGCCACAAUGCAAGGUCGAAAUAGGAGAGACGGCAUGCGGCGGCCGUUGCUGUUCGGCUGCCCAAUCAUGCGACAAGGAUCUCGUAUGUGUUCAAGCAGGCGGCUCACCGUUCCCUACAACCGAACCAGCUCCCACUCCCCCAACUCGACCUACUAGCACCAAGGGUGUCACGAUCACUACUAUUCCGGCUACCACUACUGUCCCAUUCAUUCCCGCUGUGGGCACUGAUGGCAGCAGCGUUAUCGGUAUCACCAAGGGCAGCGGUGGCCUGAGUGGUGGAGCGAUUGCCGGUAUCGUCAUCGGAUCUAUUGCUGGUGCUCUGAUACUCAUCUUCAUCUGCAUCUGCUGCUGCGUGGGAAGCUGUGUCGACCGGGUACGGGCCUUUUUUGGCCUCGGCGGUCGCAGACCAGCCAGGCACUCAAAUUACACCGGGUCAUCAUCCUACUCUUCACACCACGGCUGGUUCGGCGGCGGCGGAUCGAGGGUCAGCUCAGAGAAGCGUAAGAAGAAGACCGGCCUCAUGGGACUGGCCAGCUUGGGUGUAGUCAUCGGCGCUAUUGCUCUCUGUCUCGGUCUCCGUCGAAAGAAUGACGACAAGUCAACCACCUACUACACCGGCUCGUCCUAUACGUACACCUCGAGCAGCAGCAGCAGCAGCAGUUCUUCCGGCCGGCGGACAGAGCGGCCUUAA